UCAGAUUACUCGUCCCCCAUUUCCCUUUAAACCCCGCAAUUGGUUCAGACCAGGCUCCUCUCUCUGGCCUCUCUCGUCUCAACCAAAACAAAAAAUCUGCCGGACCCAUCUGGACGUGAAAGUAGAAUAUCUUGGGUGAAGGGCGGGGAUAUCUGGAGGGUUUCAAGCAAGCACAGGCUUUCAGUGUAGCUGUUGUCUUACAAACUUUGGGAAGCAAUCUGAGUCAGGUCUAGUUCUGGAUAAGUGAUGGAUUGCAAUAAAGAAGAGGCCAUCAGGGCCAAGAGGAUUGCUGAGGAGAGGAUGGAAAGCAAGGAUUUUUCAGGGGCUCGUAAAACUGCUCUCAAGGCCCAACAACUAUAUCCUGAUGUGGAGAAUGUUUCUCAGAUGCUUACGGUUUGUGAUGUGCAUUGCUCUGCUGACCAGAAAUUAUUUGGGAAUGAGAUGGAUUGGUAUGCCAUCCUUCAGAUUGAGCAGACAGCUAAUGAGGCAAUGAUUAAGAAGCAGUACAGGAAGCUUGCUCUCCAACUUCAUCCUGAUAAAAACAAAUUUUCCGGUGCAGAAGCUGCUUUUAAGCUAAUUGGGGAAGCACAAAGAGUGCUUCUGGAUCGAGACAGACGGUCCUUGCAUGACAUGAAACGCAGAGCUCCUUUGAGUAGACCAGCAGCACAAUUUCGGCCCCCUCAAAAGCCCAUCUGGAACUCAAAUGUUGGGGUUCAAAAUGAUUUUAGGAACAAAGUUACGGGCUUGAAUCCUCUGCAACAGCAGCGGCAACAGCCUGCUCAAGCGGGGCACUCUGAUAUCCGGCCAACUUUCUGGACUGUCUGUCCAUUUUGUUCAGUAAGGUACCAGUACUACAGAGAAGUUGUUAAUAGAUCUCUCCGUUGUCAAAGUUGCAAUAAGCCCUUCAUUGCAUACGACAUGAACGUGCACGGUGCUCCACCAACUACUAAAAUGAGUCAGUCGGCAUUCCCCCUGCGGAAAGAUGAUGCUUGCAAAGUUGAGGUGGGAUGUCAAGGGAAUCUUGGUGCUCAGAGUUCUAAAACAGAAAAGAAAGGUCGCACUUCUAAGGUUGGCUCUGAAAAGGUGACUGGUAAGAGAGGGAGGAAGCAGGUAGAGGAAUCCAGUGAGAGUUGCGACUCCAAUAGCAGCUCUGAAUCUGAAGAAGAUGUGGUAGUUGGUGAAGAUGGUAAUCUUCAGGAUGGUCAGAAUUUGGAAUGUUAUAGAGACCAAAGCCGGCGGAGAUCUAUGCGACACAAGCAGCAGGUUUCUUACAAGGAAAACUUGAGUGAUGAUGAUGACAUUAUGGGCAAUCGGAAAAGAGCCAAGGGGAGUGGAUCGUCCGCUGCCACUGGAGUGGAGAAUGGAGAUGCAUCUAAAGAGGCAUCUAAAUCGAAUAAUCUAUCUGAUUUAGCUGCUGAUGUAAAACAGGAUCUGAAAGAGGUGAAACAGAAUGGAAAUACUUGUUCUGGGGAAAGCUUGCUAAAUGGAAACAUGGAAACCAAGAAGGUGAGCGGAAAAGAAACGGCAAACGAAGAUAACCACAAGAAAAGUUCUGAAGCUCAUGAAGAUUCAACAUCUUAUUCCAGCCCCAAAUUGACAGCAGAUCCUGAAUAUUUUCAAUAUCCUGAUCCAGAUUUCAGCGACUUUGAAAAUGGCAGGAGAGAAGAGUGUUUUGCAGUAGGGCAGAUAUGGGCUGUUUAUGAUACCUUGGAUGCCAUGCCUAGAUUCUAUGCUCGGAUCAGGAAAGUUCUCUCUCCUGGCUUUAAGCUGAGGAUAACCUGGCUAGAGCCAGACCCAGUUGAUGAAAACGAAAUCAAAUGGGUCAGUGAGGACUUGCCUACCUCUUGUGGUAAGUACAAAAAUGGGAGCUCGGAAGAAUCUGAAGACCGUCUUAUGUUUUCUCAUUUGAUUUCUUGGGAGAAGGGCAGCCGUAGAGAUACUUUCAAGAUUUAUCCAAAAAAGGGAGAAACUUGGGCCCUCUUCAAGAACUGGGAUAUCAAAUGGUACUCUGAACCAGACCAGCAUCGUAAGUAUGAAUAUGAAUUUGUCGAAAUAUUGUCGCAGUACGAACAGGAUGCGGGUAUAUGUGUUGCAUACUUGGGUAAGGUGAAAGGUUUUGCAAGUCUUUUCUGUCGAAUGGUUAAGGAAGAAAGUGGCACAUUUCAAGUUCCACCAGCAGAACUAUUUAGGUUCUCUCACAGUGUUCCGUCUUAUAAAAUGACUGGUGAGGAGAGACAAGGUGUGCCCGUAGGAUCUUUUGAACUUGAUCCUGCAUCUUUACCCCUUAAUCUUGAAGAGAUUGCUGUGCCCGGAGAUCUGGAAGUGGAGGGUGGUAAUAUGCAUCACAAUGGUUCAACUUCAAUACCUUCAGAAGAAGUGAGACCCGCGAUGAAGUCCGAGGGAAAUGCAUCAAUGUUCCAGGCGGAUGUCAAGAGUAGCCACUUAGAGCAUGGGGAUAGCAGUUAUUGUAAUGCUAAUGAGGAUUAUAGUAAUCCUCUCGCUUCCACCCCCGAGGCUAUUGAAAUUCCAGAACCUGAAUUUUAUAACUUUGAUGCUGAGAAAUCAGAGGAAAACUUUCAGGUUGGCCAGAUAUGGGCGCUAUACAGUGAUGAGGAUGGCUUGCCAAAGUACUAUGGUCAAAUUAAGAAAAUUGAUUCUUCACCUGUUUUCAAAUUGCAAGUUACAUGGCUUAUGUCCUGCUCGCUGCCAAAUCACACUAUCCGAUGGCUUGAUGGAGACAUGCCCAUUUGUUGCGGGAGAUUUAAGAUCAAAAGGGGUGAAACGCAGGCCUAUACUUCCACCAGUUCUUUUUCACAUCAGAUAAGAACUGAUCCUGCUGGUAAGAAGAAUGAAUAUGCCAUCUUUCCCAGGAAAGGUGAAGUUUGGGCAAUGUAUAGGAACUGGUCUACGAAAAUCAAAUGUUCCGACUUGGAGAAUUGUGAAUACGACAUUGUAGAAGUUGUUGAGGAAGAUGAUUUGCUGAUAAGAGUGUUCGUUUUGGAGCAAGUGGAUGGUUUCAAUUCAGUUUUCAAGGCUCAAAUAAAAGAGGGUUCAGAGGUAACUAUUGGAAUUCCUCAGGUUGAACUUCUUAAAUUCUCCCAUAAAAUACCUGCUUACCGGCUGACAGAAGAGAGAGAUGGCAGCCUGAGAGGCUUCUGGGAGGUCGAUCCUGCAGCUUUGCCUGUUCAUUAUUUUUCUUUAAACUGAAUUGGCAUGAUCACAAGCCUUCCUCCAUCUUAAUCCAUGCAAUGCUUCUCCAGCCAGGCCUUUCUUCACUGAAUACUGGGUUGGUAAAUAGAAUGAUCUUGGCAAAUAUUCUCAACAAUUCCAGGACAGCUGGAAUCAGAGGCUAUUAAAUUUUUGAGUUAAUGCAUCAGAUGAAGUGCCCAUGAUAGAAGUUUGUGGCGCCUAAUGAAUUUUUUUUUUUUCUCGGUGUAAUGGAAAGAGAAAAAGUGGGGUAUGCUGGUUCUUUGUUGCAUUCGUUCCUCCACUUUAUAAUCAUCCUCUAGAUGAUGCCGGGCAACUUGGCUAGUCAUCAGGCACAAGGAAAAAUGUGAAUUUCUUCACUUCAAAGUUAACUCUAGUUUUAGCUGGAUUUUCCCCCUUCGUAGAUAUACUUUAUUUGGCAGUAUGAACAGUUAUAUUAUCAUAUCCCACUAACCCUUUUUGUUUUUGUGGUUCUUACCUCAAGUAGGUAUGGUUGGUCGGAUGAUGUUUGCCUCAAUUUGUAGAAUUGGCAAAUGCAUCCAACGUGAGGUCCUGUACUCUCUCUCUCUCUCAAAAAGAGAAGAAAAAAAAAAAUCUUUGCUA